CACCCAUCACUUCGGGGGUUUUCUUCCUGUCCGAUGCAUGGAGUCCGCGGCUGCGAGGGGCUCCCACGUCGGCUUUUCGCCUUCUAUCCGGUCUCACUGCACUGUUCCUCCAAAGAGCUUUUCUGCCGGACCUUCUGGCUUCUUGUGUCGUCGUCGUCACAGAUCGCCUCUUCCUCUACUCCGUGCUGUCUAUACCCUCGAUUCACACAACGGCGAUGAACCCGUGGACGUGAUAGGGAUUGGGAGCAGGAAGGACUCAAUCAUUGAUUUCUGCUUAGCUUCCCCUGCUGUCUCUGCUUCUCGUUUUAGAUUCUGGACAAUUUAUUCGAGAGAUCAAAAGAAGGUCCAAUUACUGGAAAGGUGCCAUAGUAAAGAUGUGUUCAUCAGAAAUGUUGAAUUUUCUCUGGCACCGCAUUCAUGCCUGCCAGCCACCAUUCUUGUGGCCAGCGCAGGACAUGAUUUGGAUCAAAUUGCUGCUUUAGAUAUUCUAUGUAGCGUCAAAUCAGUUGGUGGAUUGGCCAUUGCAAUUGUACUGAAACCAUUUAGUUUUGAGGGACAGCGAAGGCAGAAAGAGGUAAAUGACUUGGUGAAUAAGCUAAAAUUGUGUUCAAAUUUCUAUGUUGUAGUGGAAGCGGAUUCUUUCUUCAAAGCUGAAAUUGGAACUCUCGCGGAGGCUUUAGAAAGUGCUAAUAAUACUGUCCUUCUAGCUAUGUGGACCAUCUCAAGUAUGAUUUCUAAUACCCAUGCAAAUAUGUUAUGCACAUCUGAGGGUAAAGUCAAGGAUGUCAAGCCAUCAGAAGUUAUGAAGGUAUUUGACGGCUAUGGAGAAUUGAAAAUUUAUCAUGGAGCAGGUUACAGUGUUAAUGCAGCCAUCAUGCAGGCUAUCUUCCACUGUCCUUUAUUUGUUGAUGGUCUAAAGGGUUUUAACAGGUUGGCGAUCAUGCUUCUUACAAGUUCUUGCAAUAUUGGUGAGAAUGACAUGCUAGAAAUCAAUUCUAGCUUUCGUGGGAUCACAGGCUAUUCAGGAGAGAUUAUAUUUUCAAAAAUGUGUGAACCAAAUCUAGAGCCAAAAUUUGUUGUAACCACGCUAUUGCUAAUGGGCGGCCACAAUGAGAAAAUGGUUACUCAUAAUAAGGGUUUCUUAAGCAGUAUCCUCGAGAAUCUUCCAUUCUUCUAUCGAUUUUUUAAAAUAAAUUCAACUGAAGCAAGCAACCUUCCAGCAAAUCAUUCUUUUGGUGACCCAUUACUCGCAUCAGCCAGUGGGAGCAAAUCAGUUUGGGAUUUGAGUCAUUUGACUAAGUUGGUCUAUCCAUUAGAGCACAAUCUAAAUCAGGGUGCAUUUUCUGAUAAGCUUGAAAACGUGACAUUAAGAAACGAUUCCUGUCAUGAAACUACAGGAGAGGUGGCUGAACUGGGGGAAACCAACAAUGCGCCUAUGAGUAAAUUUGGUAACCAACCUAGUGGAGGAAAACAGGGUAUUGCGGUGGUGAAGCAGGGUGGCCAUGAGAUCGGUCCGGCCUUCCACGUUGCUCAGCUCUGGGCCAAGAAGUGUUCUGCGAGUAGAUCAAAGAAAAAUGAUAAAGUGGACACAUUUAGUCUUCCAGUUGGUGUAAAAUCAUCGAAAUUAGAACCAGACAGUAAACCAUAUUCUAAUCACGUGCUAGCAGAAAAUUCUGAUUACAUUAAUAAUGAAGUAUUGGGUGGGAUCACAUCUGAUAUGUCCAAGAAAGACAGCUUGCUUUCUGUUCGUGCAGCUAUGAUGCUGGAAGCAGAAAGGGAAUCUCUGAAAAGUUGGAAUCCAGUCGUGGAAAUCCAAUAUAAAGGAGGAAUGUACAGAGGAAGAUGUCGAGCAGGUCUUCCUGAUGGGAAGGGUCGGUUAACCUCAAUGGAUGGAAGUUUUUAUGAAGGCUUUUGGAAAUGUGGAAAGAGGUCAGGUCUUGGUACUUUCUGCUAUAGUAAUGGAGACCUUUUUAGGGGACCAUGGAGAGAUGAUCUCAUGCAUGGAAAGGGCUGGUUCUAUUUUCAUACAGGUGAUAGGUGGUUUGCAAACUUUUGGAGAGGCAAGGCAAAUGGAGAGGGAAGAUUUUUUUCAAAGAAUGGAAGUGUCUUCUUUGGUUUCUUUCGCGAUGGCUGGCGUCAUGGCCGAAGUGUGUGCAUAGAUGCCGACGGAUCAAGGUGGACAGAGCUUUGGGAUGAUGGCAUAUUGGUCAACAGGACUCCACUUGACAAGUAAGCUAAAAUCUGAUUGAUCAUUAACAAAGUUAUAGUGAAGGAUUUUCUCAUUUAUUUUCCUACCCAAUUUUUUUGUUUAUUGAGUCGCCAUCUGUUUUGUGGAGUAAACAAGUGGAUAUGGAGCGUAUAGUACAUAAGCAUAUUGUCAUAUUGAGAUUUGUAUGUGGCCUCUAGACAUUUAAAUUCAAUUGUUAGGAGAAAAUCAUUCCCAUUUCUUUCUUUCUUUCUUUCUUUUUAUAAAAGCUGUAGUGAACUAAUAAUGGUUUUCAGCGAGUUUGUGAAUAUAUUUUUUAGAAUGAAAUGCUAUGAAUAGUACUA